CGCCAUUUUGCCGUACGGCGCCGCAGGGGCCGGCUCCCACGUCCCGCAGCCGUGUCGCCGCGCGCCUCCCCUCGGGGCGGUCCCGCUCCGGGCUCGGCGCGACGAGGCAAGGGCCGGAGCCUGGUGGCGGCGCGGCGGCCCGAGGCCCGAGAUGGUGAUCUGCUGCGCGGCCGCGAACUGCUCCAAUCGGCAGGGCAAAGGAGAGAAGCGUGCGGUCUCCUUCCACAGGUUCCCCCUAAAGGACUCAAAGCGUCUGAUCCAGUGGUUAAAAGCUGUUCAGAGGGAUAACUGGACUCCCACUAAGUAUUCUUUCCUCUGCAGCGAACACUUCACCAAAGACAGUUUCUCCAAGAGGCUGGAGGAUCAGCACCGCCUGCUCAAGCCCACAGCCGUGCCCUCCAUCUUCCACCUGACUGAGAAGAAGAGGGGGUCGGGGGGCCAUGGCCGCAGCCGGAGAAAGGACGCCAGGAAGGCCUCGGGGGGCCUGAGGGGACACGCAGGUGACGCCGAUGGGAAGGCAGCGGCGGGUUCCCCGUCGUCCCUGAGUGAGAGCCCGAUGGCCAAGUCAGAGUCCCGCUCGUCGAAGCGGGCCGCCCUGCAGGGCGAAGCCGCCGGUCCGGAGCGGGCGCGACAGGCCACGCAGGGACCUCCAGGCCACGCUCUGGCCACGACAGCGCCAGGCAGCCGGGCAGAAGCAAGUGGGCCGCCGUGCAGCGCCGGUGGUGAGCGCGGCACCACCCCCGAUGAGGGCCUGGCGGACAGAAGUGGCAUUUCCAUGGAUGACUUUUCCCCCCCGGGAUCCGGGGCCUGCAAGUUCAUCGGCUCGCUUCACUCGUACAGUUUCUCCUCCAGGCACACGCGUGAGAGGCCGCCUGUCCCCCGGGAGCCCGUGGACCGGAAGAGGCCGAAGAGGGACAUGGAGCCUGGCUGCAGCGGGACCAGCCUGGGGCCCGACAAGGGCUUGGCCCACAGCCCCCCGAGUUCGUCUCUGACAGCGACGCCCCAGAAGCCCUCCCAGAGCCCCUCCGCGCCCCCGACAGACGUCACCCCGAAGCCGGCUGCGGAGGCCGUGCAGAGCGAGCACAGCGACGCCAGCCCCAUGUCCAUCAACGAGGUCAUCCUGUCGGCGUCCGGGGCCUGCAAGCUCAUCGACUCGCUGCACUCGUACUGCUUCUCGGCCCGGCAGAACCGCAGCCGGGCGUGCUGCCUGCGGGAGCAGGUGGAGAAGAAGAACGGGGAGCUCCGGAGCCUGCGGCAGCGCGUCAGCCGCUCGGACAGCCAGGUGCGCAAGCUGCAGGAGAAGCUGGACGAGCUGCAGAGAGGGAGUGCGCCGCGCCCCAGCAGCCUGCCGGCCCCCGGCCGCGAGCCCCCCAAGAUGAACCCGGUGGUGGAGCCGCUGUCCUGGAUGCUGGGCACCUGGCUGUCAGACCCGCCGGGCGCAGGGACCUUCCCGACGCUGCAGCCCUUCCGGUACCUGGAGGAGGUGCACAUCUCCCACGUGGGCCAGCCCGUGCUCAACUUCUCGUUCAACGCCUUCCACCCGGACACGCGGAAGCCCAUGCACAGGGAGUGCGGCUUCAUCCGGCUGGAGCCCGACACCAACAAGGUGGCCUUCGUCAGCGCCCAGAACACAGGCAUCGUGGAGGUGGAGGAGGGCGAGGUGAACGGGCAGGAGCUGCGCAUCGCGUCCCACUCCAUCGCCAGGAUCUCCUUCGCCAAGGAGCCCCACGUGCAGCAGAUUACCCGAAAAUUCAGGCUGAAUUCCGAAGGCAAACUUGAACAGACGGUCUCCAUGGCAACCACUACCCAGCCCAUGACUCAGCAUCUUCACAUCACCUACAAGAAGGUGACCCCGUGACCCGGAGCAGAGCUUCCUCCCAGCCGUGUGUGUCGUGACGUGACCCUCCGCUCGGCACAGACGCCGCAGCAGCAGGGGCGGGUGUGGCCGCAGGGCCCGCGGGCGCGAGGGUGUCGGCCGUGCCCCUGUAGCAGCAUAGAGAAACCAAAUAAAAGGCCUUUAUUUUUA